UCAACUACUCAUUACUAUCUGUUUGUUUCUUAAUUUGAGACAGAUUCUAGUAGAAAGAACAUUUUGAAUUUGAAAAAACGUUUAAGUAUAAUUGAAGGAAUCGCUCAAGGACUUAUUUAUCUCCAUAAAUAUUCAAGAUUAAAAGUGAUUCACAGAGACUUAAAAGCCAGCAACAUAUUACUGGAUGACCAAAUGAAUCCAAAAAUAUCAGAUUUUGGAAUGGCAAGAGCUUUUGGGGUGAAUGAGUUAGAAGCAAAUACAAACAGAAUUGUUGGAACGCAUGGCUACAUGUCUCCAGAGUACGUUUUUAAUGGCGUUGUCUCAAUGAAAACUGAUGUAUAUAGUUUUGGAGUCAUGGUAUUAGAAAUUGUGACUGGUAAGAAGAAUAACGGUUGCUAUGAUACAGAGCGUCCACUCAACCUUGUUGGAUAUGCAUGGCAGCUGUGGAAUGAAGGUAAAGGUUUAGAAUUGAUUGACCAAACAAUGGACGAAUCUUGCUCUACCAAUGAAGUGUCGAGAUACCUGAAUGUAGGUCUCUUGUGCGCGCAAGACCAGGCAAAGGAUAGGCCAACAAUGUCGGAGGUUGUUUCCAUGCUUACAAACGAGACUAUGGUUCUACCUACACCAAAGCAACCGGCGUUUUUCAUUAAUAAUAUUAUUUCUGAAGUGCCUGAAGUUCCUAAAAACAGGUUUGAAAUUUGUUCAGCAAAUAACGUAACAAUAUCAAAGAUGGAAGGAAGAUAGAAAUAGUUGUGUGGGCAUAAGUGCAUAAAUACAAUCAUGAAGGCACAAAGUUGAGAAUUACUUAGGUUUUCAAACUACUUUCAUUUAUUUACUUGUUAAGCCAUCAGACUUGACUCUCCAGUCUCUCCUGAAGGCUGAAGUCGAUAGUCAAUGAGGACAGCUCUUGCCAUAAUAGCUUAAUUUACUUGUUAAGUAUAACAUUCCAGUAAUAUUAAUUCAAGCAAAGCCUCAUUUAAACUUGGGUCUAAAUUUGAAUGUGCGUAAAUGAUAUAUUAACAGUGGGUAAAGGCAUAAACGUGGGCAACAAUUAGAAUGAGAAGAAAAUAAAUAGUAAAUGUUUAGUAAAUGAAUGUCUCUUGAGAAGAAUCAUCAAACUAAUUAUUUCUUUUAGUGAAGAUUUAAGAAAUUAAAAUAAUUUUUUUUUUUACUUUUCAAAGUGAUUAUAUAUCUAUCUAUGAUGGUUGAGGAUUGAGGGGGCACUAUUAAUUGUCUGCAUCAAACUGUCUUGGGCAGUUUGGAAUAUUUAUAAGCUAUAAAAGUCCUCAAAUUUUGUCAAAUGAACCUUCCAAGAAAAUCAACGAAAAACUAUUAAAGUUAACACUUGACAGACUUGAUUUCAAUUGUUCUUUUACUAAAUUCAUUGCAUGAGCUUGUACACAGAGCACGCAGAACCCAUUUCUGCAUGUACAUGAUUCUAUUGAUGGUGAGAAGAGGAAGGCAUGAAAUCCUCUUGAGCUUUUCAUGCUUCAUACUUCUCUUGGCGACUCACUUUGAUUUGUUAGACUUAUUCUGAAAACUAUUACCACAAUACUUCAAGUAAAAACAGAGCUUUUGGCAUACACUAGAAGACAGCCAGACAGAAGACUUUUGUUUACAAGACAAGGCUUGAUUGAUGAUCUUGAAUAAUUAGAGGUUAUGUAAGUCCUCUUCCGAAAGAACUAAAAUAUAUGUAGGGUGGUUGAGGAUUGUGGGGCAGUAAUGAGUGUCCCGUAGGACUAAUUUAAAAGAAGGCAGUUUAGAAUAUUCAAAAGUUACACAUGUCCUCCUAAUUUGACAAUAUCAACACCUGAAGUCAAUAGUCUUUUGAACUUUCCAUAUAGCUUGUACUAAGGAUCAUUUCUUCAUGUUCACAAUAUGGCUAGAAACGGAACAAAUCGCAUCCUUUUGAACUUUUCAUACCUUAUGCUUCUGUUUGGAGCUUCUUAUUCCCAAACAGACAAAUUACUUCAAGGCCAACUUUGGAAGACAAAGCACAAAGGCGUAACCUGACCGGACUCUGAUUGGAACGAAACGUAUUUGAGAAAGACAUCUAUCUCUUAGUAACGGUCAAAGCAAUUCGACGAAAUUAAGUCGAAAAUACAUAUUUAUGGUUGACUAGAAUACUGAAAAGUUGAUACAAGAGUAGUGGACUUUUCAAAGCAGAUAGACAUAAAUAAUAGACCAAAAUCACUAUAAUUGAUUAGAUAAAAUAAUCUGAAAUACCAUAAGGUAAUUAAUAUGAUAAAUAGUUAUAAAUUCAUUCACCAGCAACCCGAGAGCUUGAAAACCAAAAUCAUUUACCCAACAACCCGAGAGCUUGUACUGCGACUCAUUUCUGCAUUACAUAAUUCUAUUGAUGGCUAUUAAAGUAAGAAAUCAAAUCCUUGUGAGCCUUUCUUGCUUCAUCCUCUUGAUGCAGCAUUCAUAUUCUCAGACGCCGAGAGACAGUAUAAUGCCAGGCAAACCGCUUACAGAUGGGGAAACGCUGGUUUCAGCUUAUGGGAAAUUCAGGCUUGGUUUCCGUGGUUUCUCUAGACAUCGUUACUUAGGAAUAUGGUACCAUAGGACAGAUUCAACAGAUUAUUAUAAAGAGAUCAUAUGGGUUGCCAACAGGAACAACCCAAUCUUAGGUACUGGAAGUAAUCUUACUAUAGACAGUACAGAUGGCAAUCUGAAAAUUUUACCGAACGGGACAGAUCCUAUCGUAAUAAGUUCGAUUCAAGCAGCCGGUAAUACAAGUGCUACUCUUCUAGAAACUGGCAAUUUUGUGCUCUAUGAAAUGAAUUCGGAUGGAUCUAAUAGGCGAGUGCUGUGGCAAAGCUUUGACCAUCCGACAGAUACACUUCUGCCUGGAAUGAAAAUAGGAGUUAACUUACAAACUGGGCACAAAUGGUUUCUUCAGUCUUGGAUUUCCUAUUACUCUGCUGCUCAAGGUUCAUUUACCCUUAGCAUGGACCCCAAUGUCUCAAACCAGUUGAUCAUGAGUUGGCGUGGGGAUGUCUAUCGGACGAGUGGGUAUUGGCUUAAUGGUCACUUCAACUCCUCUAGACCGUGGGCUACUGGCACUUACAAGUUUAAUUAUACAUCAAAUGAAGUAGAAAAAUUCUUCACUUAUUCUUUAAUACAAGAAUCUGACGUAUCAUUUCCGAUGAUCAAAAUGAAUUUCGACGGUUCACUUACAGAUCAUGGCGAGUACCCUCUUUCACAAUGUGAUUAUCGCACUUUAAUUAGAACUUCUCGGUCUGGGAACUAUGCGGCAUGUUGGAAUGGGAAGAUUCCCUCGUGCAGGUCAAGUGUUAAUAGUUUCAAUGGCAAUUAUGGUUUCAUGUCAGGUGAUGGGUUCAAGUUCAAAGAAAGUGACAACAUGACCUUCGCUGACUGCUUUGCCAAAUGCUUCAGUAAUUGUUCUUGUGUUGCCUUUGCUACUACUCUAAGUGGUGGCUGUGAGAUCUGGGGCACGGAGACAAACUUCACGGAGACAGAGACAAACUUCACGGAUUUCCUCAUCUUUGGUAAUCGUGUUCGUCCAAUAUUCACGGAAGCUAAACCGGAAAUUCAUGAAGUACCUAAAGAAAAGAAUGGGUCGCUGUCUAUCAUUGCAAUAGCAGGAGCUCUACUUGCGAUCGUGUACUGUCCCAUGAGCUAUCUGGGAAGGCGAUUAAAAUACAAUCGCGAGCGUUAUGAGCAAAAGUGGUGGAAGUUUUUGAUCAUUGUGAUAGCAAUCGCUUUAGUGUUACCAGUACUGUGCUACUUAUGCUAUUUGAUAUGGAGAAAUUCCAAGGCAAAAGUGGAACGCAUAAGGAACCGAAGGAAGUUAUUAGGCGAACUUGGAGGUGAUGUGUCUCUUCCCCUAACAUCUGGUGACGGUAGAACAGAAGAAAAAGAUCAGAAUGUGACGCACAAGCUGAAGUUAUUUGAUUUUCAAACCAUUGCUGCUGCUACAAACAACUUCUCAACUUCUCAACUUCACAAUAAUCUUGUUAGGCUUUUAGGAUGCUCACUCCAUGGAGAAGAAAGAAUUUUAGUCUAUGAAUACAUGCCUAACAAAAGCCUGGAUUUCUUUAUUUUUCAUUCUGAUAGAAAGAAUCUAUUAAAUUGGAAGAAGCGGUUCAACAUAAUUGAAGGAAUUGCUCAAGGACUUCUUUACCUUCACAAAUAUUCAAGAUUAAGAGUGAUUCACCGAGACUUAAAAACAAGUAACAUUUUACUCGAUAACCAGAUGAAUCCAAAAAUAUCUGAUUUUGGAAUGGCUAAAAUUUUUAGAUUUGAUGAACAUGAAGCAAAUACGAAAAGAGUUGUUGGAACAUAUGGCUAUAUGUCUCCAGAGUAUGCCAUGAAUGGUGUUGUCUCAAUCAAAACUGAUGUGUUUAGCUUUGGAGUCUUAGUACUGGAAAUUGUAAGUGGCAAGAAGAACAAUAGUUGCUAUCAUACUGAACGCCUACUCAAUCUCGUAGGAUAUGCAUGGCUGCUGUGGAAUGAAAGAAAAGGCUUAGAGCUCAUAGAUCCAGGACUUGAGGAUGGAUCAAGCUCUCCUAAUGAAGUACUGAGAUGCAUUCAUGUAGGUCUCUUGUGUGUGCAAGACCAAGCAAUAGAUAGACCCACAAUGUCUGAUGUUGUUUCCAUGCUCACAAAUGAAUCUUUACUCCUGCCUGCGCCAAAACAACCAGCAUUUUAUGUCAGUGAUACUAAUGAAGUGCCAGAAAUUGCUGAAAUUAACUCAGAAAAUUGUUCCACUAAUAAUGUAACAAUUUCCGAGAUAGAGGCUAGAUAG